AAAGCCGUUGGAGAAAUCGCUCUCCCAGCGUCGUGAAUAUUCUCCGCUGUUUUCACUCGGGAAAAACCUCGAGAUUUCCAGUGAAACUCGUACCACAUUCACGUCAACAUCGACAAAGUGAACAUCAUCGACACUUUGUGAGAAAUAUCAGUGCAAAUUAGUGGAUUUAUCUCGUGUUUUGCCAGUGGCUAUUGCGUUUCCAGUGGAAUUCAAAAGGUGUUACAUUUUUUCUGAGCAUGUCGAGUCCAACGAGACUGAGCAAGAGUCCUGUGGGAAUUAGAGAAGGGACCAGAGUGAUUUUAAGGGAAAUCACAGCAUCUCUGCACAACUCGCCGCCCACAAUGUCUCCAGGAAAAAAGGCCGUCAAUGAUUCCGCGAAGCUGCCGGAGCACGAGGUUAAGGUAAAGUUCGCCCGUGAGUUUACCGACGCGUCUCACGCCCCCGAGACCAACAGCAUCUCCUCAGCAAGUAGCUUCCAAAGUCUCGCGUCCACAGUCUCUUCAAUCCCCACAAGCCCGACCCGCGCAGACGCCUCCUACACGAAUCUCGAGGUCUCCGGCCUCGACGACCUGAUCUCAGCCUGCGCAGGGAUCCGCCUCGAGGACACCCUCACCGCCGACCAAUCCCUCUUCGACGCAUCCUUCGCCUCCGCCUCAGACGAGCCCAUCCACAACAGAACCACAGAUCUCCCCAACGAUGCGCCCCAGAGCCUCGGCGCCGACCUCAACGGAACUCAAGUCCUCUCCGGACGUUCCUCACCACUAGGCCUCACCGAACAACAGCUCAACCCUGAAGCCCCGCAAUUAACCUGUCCAAACGUGACAAUAACACUCCCAAAUGACCACGUGAACUCCCCAGAAUACCAAACAGCUCCUGAAUCCCUACUGCAAACGUCUUCGUCCAACCCUCAGGGUCGAAAAACCCCUGAACUAAAUCAAUCAACCACCACAUCAUCAGUUGCUGACACAACAUACCAAAAAAUCAGCGUCGGUGACGUGACAUUCGACUCUGAAUGUCCAUCCCUGCCAACUCUCCAGAGCAUCUGCCUGAAGUCUAGUGGCGAGUUCAAAGAGCCAUUUCCCGUGAAGGAUCCAAAAAGAAGUGUCUCCCCUCAACCACAACCGCAACCAGAUCAGCCAGAUUCGUGUGCAGUUGACUCAGCCUCAAAAGCGGAAAGCUCAGCAUCCCUGAAGAUACCGGACACCUCUGGUCACUGCAUCCCCUUCGUAACCGAGCCGACAUUCGUCGAGGGUCAAAAGGCCCUAGAAAGCUCCAACGAGCCAUCCCUCGUUCCAGAAGAGUCAUCCACAGAAUUCAUCCUAGCCUCGACACACCAACCAAUCGAAGCUUCAGGAUCGCCCCCAGAGGUAGUUUUCACAGAGUCCCAAGAGCCCCCCAACACCCUAGAGGCACCUCUCGAGGAGACAUCGGACCCCGAGGAGCUCGACAGAACAAUAACUCUCCAGGAGACGGACGACAUCCUCGACGUCCCAGAGUCCGAACAGUACGAGGCUUUCAAGCCCCAGCGUCAGAGCACUGAGACCCACCCCAGACCCUUCCCCCCGAUUCCUACCCCCUCAGACUAUCUGGACUUCCUCCCAAAACGCCAGAGCACAGGUCUCGACUACCUUCCACCCCCGAACGACUUCCAGUCCGCAGACAGCGAGGACAAAACCCCAACAGCAAUUGACAACGACCAGAGGUUCUUCGACGCAACAGACGACAUCACCCCAACGAGCCAGAACCCUGAGGAGCCCUCUGGGGUAUUCGAGAAGCUUCGCCUGGAGGCUGAGACAAUCGCCCACGAGAUAAUUAAUGCCUCCCUCGAACUUACAGAGGACAACGACAACCUUGCGUCAGCAAAUUCCAACGAAUUAUUCAGGGAUCCAUCGACCUUCGACUUCUUCGAGUCCCAGACGUCAGCCAGAUCAACGGUUGAUAGAUUGAGGGAGUCGCUGUUCAUAAAGUUCGAUCCCCUGGUUUCGAAUGUGAGUAUGUUGCCUCAGGGGAAUGCAGCGAGUCCACCCAAUGACGAGAGGAACGGAGACAAGGACUCAGAGGCUCUGCCUAGUAUCACAACCCCCAAGAGGAAUCCUGCUAUUGCUGCUAUCGACAGACUGCUGUUUUACAGUCCAAUGCCUGCUGCUGCGAUCCAGAAGCAUGAGGAGGUGGUGGAGAAGAUCGAGGUUGUGGAGAAGACACCUGAGCCUGUGCCAGUCGUUGAUUUAGCAAUGGCGAAGGAGUUGGAGCUGGUGAGGUCGACUGUUCUUCAGCUUGAGGAGCAGCUGGAGAAGGAGAAGAUGGAGAGGGAGAGGGAGAGGUGUGAGGCUGAGAAGCAGAGGGAGUCCUUCAAUGAGACUGUCAGUCAGCUGCAGAGGCAGCUGGCGCAGGAAAUUAAGAAUAAGAAUCAGAUUAAUGUCGUUGUGGAUGAGUAUGAGAAGUCGAUAAGUCGGCUGGUGGCUGAGAGGGAACGGGAUAAGAAGAGUUUGGAUGGGGAGAAGGGGGUGCUGAUGGAGGAGCUGCAGGAGACCAAGGAUCAUCUGAUGGCUAGUGAGGCUGCUUUCAAUGAUGUUCAUGCUAAGUAUGAGAGGCUCAAGAUUGUUGUUACUACGUUGAAGAGUAAUGAGAGCGCGUUGAAGGAGAGUCUCGCGGAGAAUGUGGAGAUUAUUAAGGCGUUGGAGAACAGAUAUGAACAGAUCAAGAGUCAUGCUGCUGCGCGGCUUGAAAAGGCAAAUCAAGAUCUCGAUGUAAUUCGCAAACAACACGAGUCCGAGAUGGUAAAACUUCGAGCAAUCCUGAGGAAGGAGGAGCUGAAGAGCAACUCCUUGACUGAAAUAGUAGAACAGAAGACGAAAGAGAACAAAGAGCUCACACAGAUCCUGGAUGAGGUCAUAGCCAGAGUCGGUGCUAAGUCCGACGAAUGAACAGACACUUAACCCACCUUCCGCAAACAAUUUGUUUAUAUUUUCUCACGUUUUUCUUAUUUCACCAAUGAAGCAUGUGCUGAGCGGUGUACCCAAGUGGUACGUCAUCAUUUCAUUUUGUUAUUCGUGGAAUUGUCUCAGAAACAAGUCAUUCUGGGGCGAAACGUCAGGAGACUUUAUUAUCUAGAAUCGCUGGUUCCUGAGAUAAUUACAUAAUUACCACUUCAAUACAGAUUUUUCCUUAAAAAUCAUCGUCGCAUGUUCUUAAAAGAGAGAUCAAGAUAUUAAUGCGUAAACACUUCGAAAUGUACUAAACUGUUGCAACUUUGUGUACUGUAAAUCGAUCCUUUUAUAUUUUGUACUAAUUCGUUACUUUGGACGAGGAGAUAACUCACUAAUAAUAAUUACAAAUGUAAGUUGAAGAGUCCCAUUCCUGAGAGUGUAAAUUAAAUUUUUGCUUUGUUUGUGAAAUGUAAACAAAGCUUAAGUAGAAUAUAAAAAUUUCCACAAUUUAUUCCUCUCCGAAGUGACGUUAUCUCAUUGUUUAUUUGUAAGUUGCAAAGUAUAAGUAAUUGAACUGUAAUUGCUAUAUUAUCGCUGAUAAAAAGCCUUAAAUCGAUUCUCCACAGGUGCAAAGAGAAGCGAAUGAAGAAAAACUGGAAUUUUUUUAGUAGAGACGAAAGAGAAAUGUUUGAGUAACUGAAAAUAAAAUGUAAUAAGGAAACAUUAAUUAUUAUAAACAAUUUUAUAUUAUUUUUUUUCCAAAGUAGCGUCUUUUCAUUGUUUAUUUAUAAGUUGGAAAAUAUACUAUUUUAUUGCUAAUAAAAAUAGCCUUAAAUAAUAUAA